AUGAGGUUCUCGUGGUGCCUUGGAUUAUCAGUUGCCCUAUUGCUGGCCUCAGACCCUUGCCAAGCAGGAACAUUCGGUGAAAAGGUGAAGAACUUUUUUGGAAUUUUUGGUAACAAACCACCGUCUGCCAUAGAAGAGCCUGGACCAUGUUAUUGCAGCUGCGGUGUGCGAAACGAGGAGAGUCGAAUAGUUGGCGGGCAAACGACACAGGUGAACGAAUUCCCAUGGAUGGCGAGACUUUCGUACCUGAAUAAAUUCUACUGCGGCGGCACUUUGAUAAACGAUCGAUAUGUCCUCACCGCGGCUCAUUGCGUCAAAGGUCCCGCUUUCAGGUUCAUGUGGUUCAUGAUCAAGGUCACCUUCGGCGAGCACGACAGGUGCGUCGAAAGAGGAUCCGAGACUAGAUAUGUGGUCAGAAUACUGAUGGGCGACUUCAGCUUCCUGAAUUUCGACAACGACAUAGCCCUGCUGCGGCUCAACGAGAGGGUGCCCCUAAGCGACGCGAUAAAACCCAUAUGUCUGCCGUCUGUACGAGAUAACCAAUACGUCGGGACGAAAGCAAUAGCAUCAGGCUGGGGUACCUUGCAAGAGGAUGGAAAGCCUUCGUGUCUCCUGCAGGAAGUCGAGGUACCGGUCAUGAGCCUUCAGGAUUGCCGCAACACGAGCUACAGCCCUCGCAUGAUCUCCGAUAACAUGAUGUGCGCCGGAUAUAACGAUGGCAAGAAGGACUCCUGUCAGGGAGACAGUGGGGGCCCGCUGAUAGCCGAACGCGAGGACAAGAAAUACGAGCUUAUAGGUGUAGUGUCCUGGGGUAACGGAUGUGCUCGUCCAGGGUAUCCUGGUGUUUACACGAGAGUCACACGGUACAUAGACUGGAUCAUCUACCAUUCGCGUGAGGGAUGUUUCUGUGAACAGAACUGAAAUCAAUAUGCGUGACGAGGGUUUAAACUGCUGAAUAGUCUGUGCAAUACUAAUUACCAAUGCCAGGCGGUAUGUCUACUUAAAAGAUGAUUAUAGUUUGGUAUUUUUAAACAUUGUCGAGGGUCUCGAUUCACUUUGAACAUGAAUUCAAAUUAAAAGUUGCCGAACAAUGUGAACCUUUUCGAAUGGUAUAAUUGACUUCGGAAGUCUUGAAAUUUUCAACUCCUUGAAGCAUUCUAGAAGUCAUUACUGU